GCGUGCUCGGGAACCGGUGACGUCGGGAAGGUGAACGUUGGGAAGAUGGCGUCGUCGGUGUUGUGCUGCUUGAGAUGGUGUGGAGAUGGAGGCUCUGGACACAUUCAGCUGAAAGAAAUGCCCGCCGUCCAGUUAGACACGCAGCACAUGGGAACCGAUGUCGUUAUUGUGAAAAAUGGGAGAAGAAUAUGUGGUACAGGAGGCUGCUUGGCCAACGCACCUUUGCAUCAGAACAAAAGUUACUUUGAAUUCAAAGUCCAGUCAACAGGAGUCUGGGGAGUUGGGGUGGCUACCCAAAAAGCUAACCUUAAUCAGAUUCCAUUUGGUCGGGAUGCACAAAGUUUAGUGCUUAGGCACGAUGGAGCCAUUUAUCACAAUAAUGAAGAACGAAACAGACUUCCAGCUAACAGUAUUCCUCAGGAAGGAGAUGUCGUGGGACUCACUUAUGAUCAUGUGGAACUGAACAUUUAUUUGAAUGGAAAAAAUAUGCAUUGUCCAGCAUCUGGAAUUAGGGGCACAGUUUACCCAGUUGUGUAUGUUGAUGACAGUGCAAUUUUGGAUUGCCAGUUCAGUGAAUUUUACAGCCCUCCACCUCCUGGAUUUGAAAAGAUUUUGUUUGAACAGCAGAUCUUCUGAUUUUCACUGUGUAAACAUAUAUACACAAUUGCACUCUUAGCUAGCCUGGUCCUGCCCAGACAUGUGUAACAUGAUUUUUGUUUUGUUUGCAGUUUUGAAUGUUAGUUGUUUGAAUUAGCAACACAGAAUUCCCAUUUAUCAUGCAUUCAUCUUUGUGUUGUUCGUUAAGGGCAACAGCACUUUUUUUUAAAGUGAGCAAUGAUGUAUAAACAUGAUGUGCAGUAAAUAUUAGCUCUUAUGCAUGUGGUUCUCCAUGGAAGAUAAAGAAAAUUACAGCUAUUUCUCCCAGUGGAAUACAGCACAAUGAUCGCAGUACUUUCAAGGAAUGAGAUUACAGUACUGAUAUAGUUUUAAUCCUAUGGCUGUAUUUCUCAUCUUUAGUGCUUUCCUUUCAUUACAGCAUGUUCUAUCCUUAAAUGUAUUCUUCCCUGCAGUUGAUUUAUUUUCCUAUGUAAUUCUCUCGCUGUUACAGUCAUCAGCUUUACAGUAAUUGACCUUUCACUUUGCUGCUUCAUUCUGUUGAAUUGUUCUUGAUAAAUGUCACAAGUACAGCAUUGCACAUAAAUUAUUUGCAAAGAAACAGCCAGCGUUCAGGACUUGAAGCCUACGUUAUUUUGACACAAAACUAACCUGAAACCUAUGAUCAGACUGUCAACUGUUCAGAAGACGAUUAUCAUCUAAACAAGAAUAGUAGAACCCAAAAGCUUGGUCACGUUUGGGCUUGUUUCCCUCAUAGAAAGUUUCAAAAGAAAAAUACAGCAGAUCAGACAGUCUGUUGAAAGAUAAACAGAUUUAACUUUGAAGUUAAAUAAUCCUUUAUCAUAACCAGAAAAUGUUAUAAAUAAAUAAAUCUUAAGCAAAUACAAAACCAGGGAGGAGUGACAGAGAAAAGAAACAAAUGGAAGAAGUUUGUCUGUGUUAGAGUUGAGGAAUGAUUAAAAUUUAUUUAUUUAAUUGGGUCAUUGGUGCCUUAUUCGCAGGAAUUAUACUCUCUAGAUGGAACUACUAGAUGUUAUUAGAUCAUGAGUAUGACUGACGAUGGAAAUUAUCACUGUCACGUUUGACCCUGAGAUUAAGGGUGCCUGUGCCAGGAUUAAGCAAUAGAAGGAGAAUUAGAAAAGUAAGACAUUCCCCUCAAUUAAUUUUAACUUUGACAAAAAAAACCUUUGUUGACUGAUGUGGAAAAUGGCUAGGUCCAGUAACUUUAAACGGCUUCACCCUUACUUUCAAAGAACUUCCAAAUUCAGCUUUGAUGAAUCAUUAAGAUCAUGCAGAAUCUUGAUUCCUGGCACACUGUACAUCUGAGGUCUAGAUGUGAAUUAGAUCCAUUAUGUGAUGUUUCUGUGAAAUCAUGUACUUUUUAAGAAACAAAUAUCUCAGAAAUGGCAUGAAUUGUAUUUAGUUGAGAAGGCGAUUGAUCUUCGUAAAGUGUACUCUUUAAUCGCUUUCAUAAAAAUCAUGGUAUAGAUCUCUGGAGUAUCCACAGAUGUCACUAGUACCACCUUUAUAUCACUAGUUGUGUAAAACCAUUAAUAGUGUAUAGUGGAAACACUAUGGUCAGUUGCAUAAGCAAAAUUGGAUCCUGUGCAUAAUAUUUGAGAGUUAAGUUUUCUGAAAAACUUUCGAGAAUUGAAAGAGGGUUAGUAUAUUAGUGUUAUGACACUUCAGAGUGAUCUAGAAACUGGCUAUAAUCAGAGUCAAUAUUUAUUUAUUAAAUCAUUGAGCAGUGUUCGAGGUUCAGACAAGUUAAGAUUGCUUUUACAGGGAUUUAAACACUUCUUGAAGAACCAUAUCUUUGGUACUUCAUAAACACAAAAUUGAAAAGGACUGUAGUUUUUAAGUGGAACUGUGUAAUGAACAUUUUGAUGUGUUAUCUUAUUUCAGAGGCCAUCAUUAUCACAGCUAUCAUGAUAAAAGAAUAAUGGAUUUUUAUCCAAAUACUGGAAACAUGCCAUUGAAACUGGUUGAUUGCUAGUGAUAGUCAUUUUUCUGUUGUGUGUUUUUAAAAGAGAAAUUAAGGCAUUGGGAAGAAAAGUGGUCAAGUCAAGGAUAAUAGCCUCCAGAUAGCUUCUUUCAAGCCCCUGAUGCAAACAACACCCUCCCUCACUAGAUCUAAAUUAAGUUUUCACUAGUUUACUUGAAUGAAUUGCUGUCCUAGCACAAUUUACCUAAUCCAGUUUAUCAUCUAGUAUUCUUCUGAGCUAUCUUCUCUCUCAACUGUAGAAAUUGAGCUUUUAUUCCACACGUCUAGAAUGAGAAUAUUUUCCUCGCUCUUCCCUCCUUAAUCCAAUAUUUUUACAUAGCUUUGAAAAGUAGUUUACAGACCCUUACAAAGUACUCCAAAAAGAUUCUGAUGAUUACAUUGUACAAAACGUGGUGCAGCUCCAGUUGGUUAGUUUGAUUAUAUUCCCAAGACCUAUUUUAUAACUAUAAACUUUCCACAUGUAUAUACUGCUAGGGUUCAAAAUCUGAUGAACUGUUUUACAUGUAUGACUGCUGACUUCUGCCACAAAUAAAAUUCAAGUGGUUUAUGAAGGACAGGAACUUGAACAGGUGGAAGAACACAUAACUGAAGAGAUAGGUUUUAAGCAGAAUCGUGCAGUUGGGGGAGAAAUGCAGGUAACUUGAGUUAAAGUUUGGAAAAGAAAUUUCAGGGGUAUGAACGUGUUGAAAUACUGUUCUUUCAAUUGCUAUCAACUCUUGAAGUCAUUGUCACAGUAAACUCAGAGCCAGAAGGGAAUGUGAGUUCACCGUUUGUGUAUUUCAUUUUGUUUGCUUUGUAUUGCUCAAGCAAAGUGGCAAAACUGGUUUGUGCCAAGGAUAUGAAAUAUGUCGUCAGUGUGGCCAACACUAGCAUAACAAUACUAAAGUGUACAUUUAAUUAAAGCUGCUGUUUGAAAUGUACUGUUAAUUUGUGACAGCUGUGACAUAAUAAACAUUGACAUUUUGCCUGUUAGUUAUUAUAAUUGUAAAAAAAUAGAUUUUGGGAUGUAAGUAAGUUGAAUGUUAUUUUGUAAAAAUAAAUUUUGGUUUUCCACUCUGAA